AAGAUGAAUACAUUCCUAUUUAGUUCUAUUCUUCUUGUCUGAUUGUUCUUGACAGCAAGAGCAGAUGAUGAUAAAUGAUAUGCACUAGCUCUGCAAGGAGGAGGUGAUAAAGCAUCAUACCAAGCAGGAGCCCUAGCCCAGUUAAUCGAGAAGGCAAGCGAUACUACUCAUUAUGAUGUCGUCACUGGAGUAGGAAUUGGAGCUAUUAAUGCUGGAAUCCUUGCGUCUCAUGAAAAAGGAGAUGAGCUAGCUGCCGCUCAAGAAAUACUUGAUUUCUGGAACGACCUUGACUCAAAUGAUGUAUAUAAGAACUGGAAGUGGGGAGGCGCCGUUAGAGGACUUCUCUUCAAAACAGCAUUAUACGAUAGCCGUCCUUUAAGGAAGCUUAUUCAAAAAACUGUGAAAACUCCAGUGAGGCCUUUCUAUGUAUUGGCUACGAAAGCAAGAGAUGGGAGACCAAAAGUUUGGGAUGAAAGCACCGACCUUGAUACUCUUCAUAAAGCCAUAGAUGCAUCAACUGCCUAUCCAGGAUUCUUCGAUCCAGUCGAAGAUAUUGAUGAUGAAGUAUACUAUGAUGGAGGAACUUCUUUCUCAAUUAACAUUGCUGAUGCAAUCAACAGAUGCAGAGAUAUGGGAUUUGCUGAAGAAAAUAUUGUUCUUGAUGUUAUUUUGAACACCGCCGCUACCAUUAAAGAGAAGGAGACUAAAGAUUAUACCUCAAUCCCAAUGUUAAUUAGAUACCUUGAGAUUAGACUUUUCUACAACACAAUGGAUCUUUUAGAAAGAGCUAAAGAUGGUUUCAGAACUGUAAACUUCAGAUACACAAUUGCUCCAACUAGUAAACUAGAUUCUGGGCUUUUGCCAUUCAACUUCAGCAAGAAGCAAAUUCAGAAUAACCUCCAAAAGGGAAGAGAAGAUGCUCAAAGAGCAAUUGAUCAAGGAGAUAACGUCAUGACUGACUUAUUGAUUAAGUACACAGAUCUCAAGAAUGCUCAUCAAUACGAAGGCGAUUACCAUGACUUCUUGGAAGAAAAUGACAAACUCUAAUGAAUUAGUUGCUAAUUUUGAUUGGUAAUGCCUGGCAAAAGUCCAAUUAUUAU